AUGGCAAAUGCCAUUGACAACUUUAUCGAGUUCCAGUCCUCCAACUACCGACGGCGCAUCGAGUCCAUGGGCCCGGAUGAUCUCUACGAGGAGCACAAACUCAUCAAGCGCAAGCUCGUCGGCAUCUCGGCCACGCUCGCCACGUCGGUCGCCGCCAUGCCUGUGACCCUCGUCUCAGCCUUCCCCGCCGGCAUCGCGGCGCGCCGCAUCGACGUCAACAAACAGCGCCUGGACAUCAUCGAGGCUCGGCUAGCCCAGAUGGGAUGGUCGGGCCACGACCUCGACGCCCAAGACAUCUUCGGCGCGCUGCCCGGCGCCAUCGUCUCGCACUUCGCACCCGGCGCCGAACACGUCGUCUAG